AUGCUAUUUUUUUGGUUGAUUUUUGGAAUUUUAUUGUUUUUGAGGUGAGAAAAAAUGGAGAAAUUCAAAGAAAACAAAAGAGAAUUUUAUUUUGCAGAGAAACAUCUCAUCAAUUUUUGGGAAGUUCAUUGUAUGGAGCACUUGGAGCUUAUAAUGAUAAUGAUAUGUGCAGGUUUGUGAAAAAAAGAAAUGGAGAAAAUGGAGCAAAAGAUUUUGAACUGUAUUUUAUGACUACUGUAGUGCGGGCAUUUCCAGAAAAAUGAAACUUUUGAAAAUCUUUCAAAAUUUAAAAAUCUUUUCAUGAAGUACUGUCCAUAUUUUAGAUGAUUACUGUAGUUUCAAUUUUAAACGAUUACUGUAGUUUCAAUUUUGGGGGAUUACUGUAGCUUUAAUUUUGGCGGAUUACUGUAGCUUCAAUUUUAGAGGAUUACUGUAUCUUUCAUUUUGGAGGAUUACUGUAGCUUUAAUUUUGGAGGAUUACUGUAGCUUCAAUUUUAGAGGAUUACUGUAUCUUCAAUUUUGGAUAUUUUCCAUUUUAUUUGUGGACAUGAAUUUUUGCCCACUCGGCCAGUUUUUGGUGAGAUCAGAAUUCUAAAAAAUUGUUAUGACGUGGCAAAAUUGUGAUUUCAGGUUUUUUUUUCAAAUUCGGAAAAUUAGAAUUUUUAAAAAAUAACUCUGAUUCUCACCAAAAAAAUGGAUUUUCAAACCAAAUUUGUUCCAGAUAUAUUUCCUGCCCGUUUGGUCAAUAUUGCUGGAAUGGAAAUUGUUUAUCGAGUGGAAGUACAUCAAUGCUUGGAUCAAAGUAUGUAGUUAUAGCCUAAAAAAAUAUUUUUGUAGUUCAAUAAUUUUUUCCAGAGCUCUUGGUUAUGGUGGAAUGGGAGCCAUGGGAGGCAUGGGAGGAAUGGGCGGUCUCGCCGGUUUGACAUCCGCAGCAGCUUUAUAUUCAGGAAUGGCUGCCACCCGGCAAGGAAUCGCUGUCGGUGGCAAUGUUGGAACAGGUGUCACUCCUGGCGGAGCCGCACCUUUACCAAUGGGCGGAGUUCCAUCGACAAUGAAUGGAAUGCAGCCGUGCAGUUUGAUGCAGCAAUGUUUUAAUGGGCAAAUUUGUGUGAAUGGGUAUUGUAGUCGGAGUAAUGUGGCUUAUCAAGGAAGUCAAGUUAUGCCAUCUGAAACUAGUGGGUUUUCAGUUUUUAGAGGUUUUUUUUUAAAUUCUCUUUUUCCAGCUUGUAUGACUGGUGCGACUUGUCCAGUCGGUCAAUAUUGUAUGGGAGGAAUUUGUAUUCAUAAUCCAAUGUCCACAACUUUCGGUAACGAUUUUUCCACCAAAAUUCACUAACCUAAUAAAUUUCCAGCCUGUCAUAUGGGAAUAUCCUGCCCGAUGGGAAUGAUUUGUCAAUUUGGUCGUUGCUUGCCAAAUGGUGUGCCAAGUAUGAUGAUGGGAAUGGGAGCACAGGCCCCAUUUAUGGGAUAA